CUCUGUCCUGUCAUAAGCCAGGUGGACAACACCUUGACACUCAGGCACCAGGAUACAGAGACCCCAGGCCUGGCUUGAUGCAUACCUUCCUUUUCCAUCGAAGAACCUGCAUCCAGAAGCAUACUCAGAAAGUAUCUGAGAUACUCAGUAUGUACCACACUCACUGUCUGCUGCUUCUUCUUUCUGGAUUCUUGGUGCUCUCUCACAGUCAGCCAGGCCAAGAACCUGACAACACAUCCAACCAAACCUAUAAAGAAGUCUCACAGCAGAAUAUCUCCAGCUACCAAAUUGCCUCCGACAAUGCCGACUUUGCUUUCCGUCUAUACCACCUGAUAGCAUCCAAAAAUUCUGAGGAGAACAUUUUCUUCUCCCCGAUCAGCAUCUCCAUCUCCUUGGCCAUGUUGUCCACAGGAGCUGUUGGGGACACCCAGACUCAAAUCCUCAAAGGUCUGGGCUUUAACCUCACGAAGGUGUCAGAGCCUGAAAUCCAUGAGGGCUUCAGGUCUAUUCAGCACAAGAUAGCUCGCCCAUUCACUGAGCUGCAAACCUCUAUAGGCAAUAUACUGGUCCUGAGUCAGGCCCUGCGAGUCCUCCCUGAUUUCGACAGUGCCAUUGAAAGCUCGUAUAUCAGCACAGUCUUAUAUGCUAACUUUGGAGACAAGAAGGCUGUGAUUCAGCUCAUCAAUGACUAUGUCAAGGAGAAAACUCAGGGGAAGAUCAAAGAGGUGAUCAGUGACCUGGACUCAGACGUGAGGAUGGUGCUGGUGAAUUACAUCUUCUUCCGAGGCCUUUGGGAGAAACCGUUUCCUAGUGGUUUAGUCUCUACUGGUGACUUCUAUGUAGAUGAGAACAUGGUGGUGAAGGUCCCCAUGAUGCUGCAAUAUAACCAGAAACACUGGUAUCUUGAGGACAGACAUGUACCGUGCAAGGUGCUGCAGAUGGAUUACAGGGGCGAUGCAGUGGCAUUCUUUAUCCUUCCAAACCUGGGCAAGAUGAAUGAGGUGGAGAAGGCGCUGUCCCCAGGCAUGCUGACAAGAUGGCAUCACUUGCUUCAGAAUAGGUCCCUUUACAAGAGUGUUGGAGUGAAGUUCCCCAAAUUCUCCAUUUCAACUUCUUAUCCUUUGGAAGGGAUUUUACCUGACCUGGGCUUUCAGAACCUGUUCAGCCCGCAUGCUAAUUUCUCGAAUAUGGUCAGAAAGGUGAAAUUGAGAUUAUCUAAGGUUGUCCACAAGGCCACCCUGGAUGUGAAUGAAGCUGGCACAGAGGCUGCAGCAGUCACUGUUUCCUCUAUUGCGAUAAAAUCUGCUGGGCAUGAAAUUCCUUACAUUGAAUUCAACCGGCCAUUCUUUGUGGUGAUAUAUUCCCCCAGCUCCAAGAGUAUCCUCUUCAUGGGGAAGGUGGUCAAGCCAAAAGCACCACAGUCCCUGGACUAACAGCUCUGUUACAAGCAGCAGAAUGUGACUGGGAAGACUGGGUAUGAAUAACUCUGUAUCCAUGACUUGGGGUGGGGAAGGGCCCCUGACUCCUGAGAGUGGUACAGGAAGGCAUGGGGCUAGAUGGGCUGGAAAGUGGGGGAGAACAUCCUAGGGGUCACACUGAUUAAACAAAAUCACAGCUCCAA